UUGCUCAAGGACUAAUCGCAUGAAAGGGGAAGUAAAACUUAAUUAAUUAUAUCUCUAGAACGGCUACGCACGAAAAAAAGAAAAGAACCUAAGGAAAUUAGGAUAGAAACAUAACCGGCAAUAUAGCCCUACACAUGUGAUAAAGAUGUUUGUCAGCGCUAACCUUAAGACACCUGUGUGUGACUACAGCCACUCCUGCCUCUGAGACAAUGUCAGGGGACGGUGAGAGAAGCACUGUAUCAGAAAUGAGUCGCUCCAAGGAGCACUCUGACUUUGAAAGUGUCAAGGAGAAGAGAUCAGAGUCACCUACAGAGAGUUCUGUGUCCAUGAAGAGUGAUAUGUCAAAAGGCAACAUGCCCGACUUCAGAGAGGGAGGGCCACUCUCUGAGCAAAGUGUCAAGGAGAAGAGAUCAGAGUCACCUACAGAGAGUUCUGUGUCCAUGAAGAGUGAUAUGUCAAAAGGCAACAUGCCCGACUUCAGAGAGGGAGGGCCACUCUCUGAGCAAAGUGUCAAGGAGAAGAGAUCAGAGUCACCUACAGAGAGUUCUGUGUCCAUGAAGAGUGAUAUGUCAAAAGGCAACAUGCCCGACUUCAGAGAGGGAGGGCCACUCUCUGAGCAAAGUGUCAAGGAGAAGAGAUCAGAGUCACCUACAGAGAGUUCUGUGUCCAUGAAGAGUGAUAGAUCUAAAGACAUCAUGCCCGACUUCAGAGAGGGAGGGCCACUCUCUGAGCAAAGUGUCAAGGAGAAGAGAUCAGAGUCACCUACAGAGAGUUCUGUGUCCAUGAAGAGUGAUAGAUCUAAAGACAUCAUGCCCGACUUCAGAGAGGGAGGGCCACUCUCUGAGCAAAGGCUUAAUGAUGCCAGCAUAACAGCAGAAGGCUGUGGUGCUCUUGCUUCAGCUCUGACAUCAAAUCCCUCACACCUGAUAGAGCUGAAUUUGAGUGGGAUCAAACUAGGAGACCCAGGGGUGAAGCACAUCUCUGCUAUGCUGCAUAAUCCAGACUGUAAACUACAGAAACUGCUACUAUCUGACUGUGGUGUAACAGCGGAAGGAUACGCAUCUCUUGUUUCAGCUCUAACACCAGAGCACUCACACCUGGUAGAGCUGGAUUUGAGAGGGAACGACCCUGGAGGCUCAGGAGUGAAGCUGAUCUCUGAUUUACAUAAUUUAGUCAAUGAUAAAAAAUGUAAACUUCAGACCCUGAGGUUGCUGAAGAGUGAUGCUGCAGAGAAAGCCUCUGUGUAUCUGACGUCAGUUCUAGGUACAAACCCCUUAUGUCUCGCAGAGCUGAAUCUCAGUAAGAAGAAACCAGGAGACUCAGGAGUGAAGCAACUCUGUGCUCUACUGAAGGAUUCACACUGCAAACUGAAGAAACUUACACUUAAUGACGGCAACAUAACAGGUGAGGGCUGUAGUGCUCUCAUGUCAGCUUUGACAUCAAACCCCUCACACCUGGUGGAGCUGAAUCUUAGUGGGAAUAAACUAGGAGACUCAGGAGUGAAGUACAUCUCUGCUCUGCUAAAAGAUCCACUCUGUAAACUGGAGAAACUGGAGCUUCAUAACAUCAGCAUAACAGAUGAGGGUUGUUCUGCUCUGACUUCAUCACUGACAUCAAACCCCUCACACCUGAUAGAGCUGAAUCUAAGUGGAAAUGAACUAGGAGACUCAGGAGUGAAGCACAUUUCUGCUCUACUAGAGAGUCCAGAUUGUGAACUACAGAAAUUGCUGAUUAACGACAGUGGUUUAACAGAAAAAGGCUGUGGUGAUCUUGCUUUAGCUCUCAGAUCAAAGCCAACACAUCUGAUAGAGCUGGACUUGAGUGUGAAUAAACUAGGAGACUCAGGAGUGAAGCACAUCUCUGCUCUAUUAGAGAAUACUUUCUGUAAACUGCAGAGACUGCGGCUUAAUAACAGCAGCAUAACAGGAGAUGGCUGUGCUGCUCUUGUUGCAGCUCUCACAUCAAACCCUGCACACCUGAUAGAGCUGAAUCUGAGUGGUAAUAAACUAGGAGACUCAGGAGUGAAGCACAUCUCUGCUCUGCUGGGGAAUCCAGAAUGUCAACUACAGAAACUAUUACUUAAUGACAGCAGUAUAACAGAGGAAUCCUGUGAUGCUCUUGCUUCAGCUCUGAGGUCAAACCCCUCAGACCUGAUAGAGCUGAAUCUGAGUGGGAAUAAACUAGGAGACUCAGGAGUGAAGCACAUCUCUGCUCUACUGGAGAAUCCAGACUGUAAACUACAGAAACUGCUACUUAUUGACAGCAGUAUAACAGACAAGGGCUGUGCAACUCUUGUGUCAGCUUUGAAAUCAGACCACUCACAUCUGAUAGAGCUGAAUCUGACUGGAAAUGAACUUGGAGACUCAGGAGUGAAUCACAUCUCUGAUCUACUAAAGAAUCCAGACUGCAAAUUACAGAAAUUGCUGUUUAGUAACAUCAGUAUAGCAGAUGAAGGCUGUGCUGCUCUGACUUCAGCUCUGACAUCAAAUCCCUCCCACCUGGUAGAGCUGAAUCUGAGUGGGAAUAAACUAGGAGACUUAGGGGUGCUGAAGAUCUCUGCACUAUUGGAGAAUCCAAAGUGUAAACUACAGAAACUUCUACUCUCAGACUGUAGUAUAACAGGUGAUGGAUAUGCUGCUCUUGCUUCAGCUCUUAAAUCAGAGCACUCCCACCUGAUAGAGCUGGACCUGAGAGGAAAUUACCCUGGACACACAGAAUUGGAGCUUGUCAGAGAUUUACAUAAUUUACUCAAUGAUAAAAAAUGUAAACUCGAAACCCUGAGGUUGUUGAAAAGCGAUGCUUCAGAGGAAGCCUGUGCUUAUCUGACUUCAGUUCUAGGUACAAACCCCUUGCUCCUGACAGAUCUGGACCUGAGUGGAAAGAAACCAGGAGUGAAGCAGUUCUGUGCUCUACUGGGGGAUUCACACUGCAGACUGCAGAAACUUAAGCUUAAUGACUGCAGUGUAACAGAUGAGGAUUGUGCUGCUCUGACUGCAGCUCUGGCAUCAAACCCCUCACACCUGAUGGAGCUCAAUCUGAGUGGGAAUAAACUAGGAGACUCAGGAGUGAAGCACAUCUCUGCUUUAUUACAGAAUCCAGACUGUAAACUACAGAAACUGCUACUUUCAGAGUGUAAUAUAACAGGAGAAGGAUAUGCUGCUCUUGCCUCAGCUCUGAAAUCAAACCCUUCACACUUGGUAGAGCUGGACCUGACAGGAAAUGACCCUGGAGAAUCAGGAGUGGAGCUGCUCACCAAUUUAAAGAAGAAUCCAACAUGUAAACUAAAUAAACUGAGGUUGUUGAAGAGUGAUGCUGCAAAAAAAGUCUGCUCUUCUCUGAUUAAAGUUCAUGGAAUAAACCCCUUACUCGUGACAGAGCUGGAUCUGAGUGGGAAGAAACUAGGAGACUCAGUAGCGAAGCAGCUUUCUGCUGUACUGGAGGAUUCACACUGCAAAUUGCAGACGCUUAAACUUGCAGACUGUGGUAUAACUGGUGAAGGAUAUGCAGCUCUGGCCUCAGCCCUGAAAUCAAACCCCUCACACCUGAUAGAGCUGGAUCUGAGAGGGAACGACCCUGGAGACUCAGCAGUGAAACUACUCACUGAUUUACAUAAUUUAGUUUAUGAUAGAAAACAUAAACUAAAGAUCCUGAGGUUGUUGAAAAGUGAUGCUGCAGAGGAAGCUUCUGCUUAUUUGACUUCAGUUCUAAGAAUAAACCCCUUACUCCUCACAGACCUGGAUCUCAGUAAGAAGAAGCCAGGAGACUUGGGAGUUCAGCAGUUUUGUGCUCUAUUGGAGGAUUCACACUGCAAACUGAAGAAACUUAAGCUUAAUGACAGCGGCCUAACAGAAGAAGGCUGUGCUGCACUGAUUGAAGCUCUGAAAUCAAAUCCCUCGCACCUGGUUGAGCUGAAUCUGAGUGGGAAUGAACUCAGAGACUCAGGAGUGAAUCACAUCUCUGCUCUACUCAAGAGUCCACACUGUAAACUACAGAAACUGCUGCUUAACAACAGCAGAAUAACAGAAAAAGGCAGUAUUACACUUGCUUCAGCUUUGAAAUCAAACCCCUCACACCUGAUAGAGCUGAAUCUGAGUGGGAAUGAACUAGGAGACACAGGGGUGAAGCAGAUCUUUGCUCUACUGAAAAAGCCAAAGUGUAAACUACAUAAACUGCUAUUAUCAGACUGCAGUGUAACAGAAGAAGGGUGUGCUGCUCUUGCUGCAGCUCUUAGAAUAAACCCCUCACACCUGAUAGAGCUGAAUCUGAGUAGGAAUGAACUAGGAGAUUCAGGAGUGAAGCACAUCACUGCUUUACUAAAGGAUCCAUGCUGUAAACUGGAGAAACUGCUAAUUUCACAUUGUGGUGUAACAGGUGAAGGGUAUGCCAGUCUUGCAUCAGCUCUUAAAUCAGAGCACUCAAACCUGAUAGAGCUGAAUCUGAGAGGGAAUGACCCUGGACCCAGAGGAGUGACUGAUUUACUAAAUAUCGUGAUCAAAAAUGCUCAAAAAUGUGAUCUGAAGUUGUUGAACAGUGAUGCUGCAGAGAAAGCUUGUGCUCAUCUGACUUCAGUUCUAGGUACAAACCCCUUAUUCCUGACAGAGCUGGAUCUGAGUGAGAAGAAACCAGGAGACUCAGGAGUGAAACAGAUCUCUGCUCUGCUGGAAGAUUCACUCUGCAAAUUGCAGAGGCUUAGGCUUUAUGACAGCAACUUAACAGACAAGGGCUGUGUUCAUCUGAUUAAAGCUCUCACAUCAAACCCCUCACACCUAAAAGAGCUGAAUCUGAGUGGAAAUAAAUUAGGAGACUCAGGAGUGAAGCACAUCUCUGUUCUGUUGGAGAAACCAGACUGUAAACUGGAGAAACUGCAGCUUCAUAACAACAGCAUAACAGCAGAAGGCUGUGCUGCUCUGACUUCAGCUCUCAUAUCAAACCCCUCACACCUAAUAGAGCUGGAUCUGAGUGGAAAUAAACUGGGAGACUCAGGAGUGAAGCACAUUUCUGCUCUCCUAGAGAAACCAGACUGUAAACUACAGAAACUGCUACUUAAUGACAGCAUAAUAACAAAUAAGGGUGGUGAUGCUCUGACUGAAGCUGUGACAUCAGAUCCCUUGCUCCAUCUCAAAGGAAAUAAACUAGGACACUCUGGAGAGAAGCAGGGAUCUUUUCUGUUGGAAUAUCCCACCUGUAAACUACACCUUCCAAAGGAACACUGCGGGUGUAAGUCUGAAGGAAUGAAAAGUCUGGCUCUCAAGAAGAUGGUUCAUGAAGAUGUAUUCGACACAUUCACUGAUCUUAAGAGAAUUGUAAUGAAAUUUAUGAACGACGAGUGGGAGAGGUUCAAGAGACUUCUGAAAAAAGAAAAGAUUAAAUACAAUGACAGGGGAGCUGAUGAAAACCAGAGCGCCAGAGAGGCGGCUCUCAACAUCACAUUGCACUUCCUAAAGAAGAUGAACCGGAACGACCUCGCAGAUACUCUGGAAAACUGUCCAAUAGAGAUGUGUCAGCGUGAGCUUAAGUCAAAUCUGAAGAAGAAAUAUGAAUGUGUAUUUGAAGGAAUAGCAACGCAAGGAAAAUCUGAACUCCUAGAGAGGAUCUACACAGACCUCUUCAUCACAAAGGGUGGAAGUGGUGCAGUCAACAAAGAACAUGAAGUGAGACAUAUUGAGAAAGCAUCUGGGAGUUCAGAAGAGAAACUGAUUGAGUGCAACAAUAUCUUUCAAUCAUUACCUGGAGAAGACAAACCCAUCAGAACUGUACUUACAAAGGGAGUUGCUGGCAUUGGAAAAUCCAUCUCUGUGCAGAAGUUCAUUCUGGACUGGUUAAAAGGAAAUGCAAAUCAAGACAUCGAUUUGAUUUUUCCACUUCCUUUCCGGGAGCUGAACUUAAAGGUCCAAAGGUGCAGUUUUAUGGACAUUCUUCAUCAAUUUUUUCCAGAGACAAAAGGAUUGAUGUUUACCAAAAAUAAUAUGUACAAAGUGCUGUUUGUCUUUGAUGGCUUGGAUGAAUGUCGGCAUCCUCUUGCAUUCAAGAAAAAUGAGAUCUGGUCUGACUUAACCACAUCAACCUCAGUGGAUGUUCUUCUGACAAACCUCAUCAAGGGAAAUCUGUUUCCUUCUGCUCUCAUAUGGAUCACUUCCAGACCAGCUGCUGCCGGUUGCAUCCCUCCUGACUAUAUUGACCAGGUGGCUGAGAUACGUGGGUUUAAUGAGGAACAGAAAGAAGAGUACUUCAGGAAGAGAAUCACUGAUGGGAUACUGGCUGACAAAGUCAUCCAACACAUGAAAGAAUCAAGAAGCCUCUAUAUCAUGUGUCACAUCCCUGUCUUCUGUUGGAUCUCAGCUACUGUUCUUGAAAGAAUAUUGGAAGACAUAGAAGCUUCAGAGGAAACAGAGAGUUCUGACAAAGAGCAAACCCUGAAGACACUGACUCAAAUGUAUUCUCACUUCCUGAUCUUUCAGACCAGACGAUCGACUGAGAAGUACGGAGAGAAGUGUGCUUACGACACAGAGUGGGAUGAGAAGAGCAUUCUGGCUCUGGGACAGCUGGCUUUUCAGAACUUGCUGAAAAACAAUCUGAUCUUCUGUGAAAACGACCUGAUGCAGUGUGGAAUUACUGUGGAUGAUGCAUCUGUGUACUCAGGAGUGUGCACACAGAUCUUUAAACAGGACUCAGGGGUGUUUAUUGGCACAGCCUUCUGCUUUGUACAUCUGAGCAUUCAAGAGUUUUUCGCUGCUUUAUAUUCAUACAUGUCUUUCAACAAACACCGAAAUAAUGUUUUUGUUGACCAGGACACAUCAGAGGAGAAGGAAAGUAGAACAGUGACGGGACUGCUCAAGAGUGCAGUGGACAAAGCUUUGAAAAGUGACAGUGGACACUUUGACCUUUUUCUCCGCUUCCUUCUGGGUCUCUCACUGGAGUCCAAUCAAAAGCUCUUAGAAGGUUUACUGAUACAGGCAGGAAACAGCUCCCAGGAAAAAGAGGAAAUAGUCAAAUACAUCAAGGAGAAGUUCAAAGAGAAUCCUUCGCCAGAGAGGUCCAUCAAUCUGUUCUAUUGUCUCAAUGAACUGAAUGACAAAUCUCUAGUGGAGGAGAUUCAGAACCACCUGAGGUCUGGAAGUCUCUCUAGUGCCGAGCUUUCACCUGCUCAGUGGUCAGCUCUGGUCUUUGUGUUGCUGACAUCAGAGGAGCAGAUCGAAGAGUUUGACCUUAAAAAGUACAUCAGGUCAGAUGAAUGUCUCAGGAGACUCCUGCCAGUGGUCAAAACAGCUACCAAAGCAUUGUUGGACAACUGUAAUCUAACACUGGAAAGCUGUUCAGCUCUUGCCACAGUCCUCAGCUCAAACUCCUCCAGACUGAAAGAGCUAAACCUGAGCAACAAUGCAAUAAAAGACUCAGGAGUGCGGGUUCUUGCAGAAAAACUGGAAAAUCCACAAUGUAAAUUGGAGACCCUGAGACUCUCAGAUUGUGGUAUUACCGGUAAAGGAUAUACUGAUUUGGCUCUAGCUCUGAAAUCAAACUCCUCACACCUGGUAGAGCUGGAACUGACAGGAAACGAACCUGGAGACUCAGGAGUGAAACUGCUUACUGAUUUACUGACUGAUAAAGCCUGUAAACUUGGCAAACUCAGGUUUUUACCGGAUGCUGCAGAGAAAGCCUGUACUUAUCUGACUGAAGUUCUAGGUACAAACCCCUUACUCCUGACAGAGCUGGAUCUGAGUGAGAAGAAACUAGGAGACUUUGGAGUGAAGAAGUUCUCUGCUCUACUUAAGGACUCACAUUGCAAAUUGCAGAAACUUAAGCUUAAUAACAGUCUAAUAACAGAAGAAGGCUGUGCUGCUCUGACCUCGGCUCUCUGCAGACUUGGUAGUAAGAGUGCAACAGAAGAAGGCUCUGCUGCUGAUUCGACUUCAACUCCCAUAUCAAAGCCCUCCUGUCUGAUAGAGCUGAAUCUGAGUGGGAAUAAACUAGGAGAUUUAGGAGUGAAGCACAUCUCUGCUCUACUAGAGACUCCACUCUGCAAACUGCAGAGACUAGAAAUGUCAGACUGCAGUAUAACAGGAAAAGGAUAUGCUGAUCUGGCCUCAGCUCUGAAAUCAAAUCUCUCCCAGCUGAAAGAGCUGGACCUGAGAGGGAAUGAUCCUGGAGACUUAGGAGUGAAACUGCUCACUGAUCCUGACUGUAAACUGGAGAGACUGAGGUUGUUGAAAACUGAUGCUGCAGAGCAAGCCUAUACUUAUUUGACUAAAGUUGUAGGUACAAACCCCUUACUCCUGACAGAGCUAGAUCUUAGUGGGAAGAAACCAGGAGACUCAGGAGUGAUGCAGUUCUGUGCUCUACUGGAUGAUUCACACUUCAAAUUGAAGAAACUUAUGCUUAAUAGCAGCAGUGUAACAGAAGAAGGCUGUGCUGCUCUGACUUCAGCUCUGAGAUCAAACCCCUCACACCUGAUACAGCUGAAUCUGAGUGGGAAUGAACUAGGAGACUCAGGAGUGAAGCACAUCUCUGCGCUAUUGGAGAAACCAGAGUGUAAAUUAGAGAAACUGAAACUCUCAGAGUGUAGUGUAACAGGAGAUGGAUAUGCUGCUCUGGCCUCAGCUCUGAAAUCAAACCCCUUACACCUGGUAGAGCUGGACCUGAGAGGAAAUGACCCUGGAGAAUCAGGAGUGGACCUGCUCACUGACUUCUAUAAUUUAAUUAAUGAUCCGAACUUUAAACUUCAGACCUUGAGGUUGUUGAAGACUGAUGCUGCAGAGGAAGCCUAUAAUUAUCUGACUAAAGUUGUAGGUAGAAACCCGUUACUCCUGACAGAGCUGGAUCUGAGUAGGGAGAAACCAGGAGACUCAGGAGUGAAGCAGUUCUGUGCUCUACUGGAGGAUUCACACUGCAAACUGAAGAAACUUAAGCUUAAUGGCAGCAGUGUAACAGAAGAAGGCUGUGCUGCUCUGACUUCAGCUCUGAGAUCAAACCCCUCACACCUGAUACAGCUGAAUCUGAGUGGGAAUGAACUAGGAGACUCAGGAGUGAAGCACAUCUCUGCGCUAUUGGAGAAACCAGAGUGUAAAUUAGAGAAACUGGAGCUUGAUAACAGCAGUAUAACAGAGGAUGGCAUUGCUGAUCUUGCUUCAACUCUGCCAUCAAACCUAAUAGAGCUGAAUCUGAGUGGGAAUAAUCUAGGAGACUCAGGAGUGACACACAUUUGUACUUUACUACAGAAUCAACAAUGUACACUAAAGAAACUGAACCUAUCAGACUGUGAUAUAACAGGAGAAGGAUAUACUGCUCUGGUUUCAGUUCUGAAAUCAAACCCCUCCCAGCUGAAAGAGCUGGACCUGAGAGGGAAUAAGCCUGGAAAAUACGGAGUAAAACAGUUUCUAGAUUUACUGCAAGUUUCCGGUUGUGAGUUGAAGAGAGUGAGACUAUUAAAAAGUGAUGCAGAGAAAGCCCGUGAUGAUCUGACUAAAGUUCUAAAAAAAGACCCCUUACUCCUGAAAGAGCUGGAUCUGAGUGAGCAUACGCCAGGAGACUCAGGAGUGAAGCAGCUCUCUGUCCUACUGCAGGAUUCACACUGCACACUGAUGAGACUUCAACUUAAUAACAGCAGUAUAACAGCAGAUGGCUGUGCUGCUCUUGUUGCAGCUAUCACAUCAAACCCCUUACACCUGAUAGAGCUGAAUCUGAGUGGGAACAGACUUGGAGACUCAGGAGUGAAACACAUUUCUGCUCUACUGAGGAAUUCAAGCUGUCAAGUACAGAUAUUGAAACUGUCAGACUGUAGUAUAACAGGAGAAGGAUAUGCUGCUCUGGCCUCAGCUCUGGAAUCAAACCCCUCACACCUGGUAGAGCUGGACCUGAGAGAAAAUGACCCUGGACACUCUGGCGUGGAGCUGCUUACUGAUAAAAUUCAGACCCUGCGGUUGCUGAAGAGUGAUGAUGCAGAGACAGUCUGUGAAUAUCUGACUUCAUUACUUAAUACAAACCCCUUACUACUGACAGAACUGGAUCUGAGUGGGAAAAACCUGGAAGAGUUAGAAAGACUGCAGUUAUCUGCUCUACUGGAGGAUUCACACUGCAAACUGAAGAUACUUAAGCUAUCCAACUGUGAAUUAACAAAGAACAUUUGCUCAGCUCUGGCCAAAGCUUUCACAUCAGAUGGGUGCACUCUCAGAGAACUGGAUCUGAGCAACAAUAAAUUACUAGAUUCAGGAGUGAAGCGGCUGUCUAAAGAACUGAACAAUACUCACUGCAAACUGGAGAAACUGAGUGUGAAGUGCUGUGAUCUGACUGAGAAGAGCUGUUCAUCUCUAGUCUCAGUUCUCAGUUCAGACUCAUCCAGUCUGACAGAACUAGACCUGAGUGGCAAUCUACUGUUGGAUUCAGGUGUGAUGCAGCUGUCCAGUGGGCUGAAGAAGUGUAAAUUGCAGGUCCUGCGGUUAGGUAACACCAGCAUAACAGAAGAAGGCUGUAAUGCUCUUGCUUCAGCUUUCAGAUCAAACCCCUCACACCUGUUGGAGUUAAAUCUGAGUGACAAUAAGCUAGAGAGCUCAGGAGCAAAGCACAUUUCCGCUUUAAUAGAGAAUCCAGAUUGUAAACUGGAGAGACUGCUUCUGUCAAACUGUAGGAUAACAGCAGAAGGUUAUGCAACUCUGGCCUCAACUGUUAAACCAAACCUGAAAGAGCUGGACCUGAGAGGGAAUGACCCUGGAUACUCUGGAGAGAAGCUGAUGGCUAGUUUAUAUGGUUUAUAUGAUAUCUUUAAGGGUACACUGAGGUUGUUAAGCAGUGAUGCUGCAGAAAAAGCCUGUCAUUAUCUAACCAAGGUUCUAGGAAAAAACCCCAUAUUCCUGGCAGAGCUGGAUCUGAGUGGGAAUGAACUAGGAGUCCCAGGAGUGAAACACAUCUCUACUUUACUGGAGGAUUCACAAUGCAAUGUGAAAACACUUAAGCUAAAUAAUUGUGGUCUAACUGAGCAAAACUGUUCGGUUCUAGCCACAAUCCUCAGCUCAGAGUUUUCUAAUGUCACCCGUCUGGAUGUGAGUCACAAUGAAUUAGGAGAUCCUGGAGUGAAGCUGCUGUCUGAUGGACUGAAAAGUCCCCACUGUAAGCUGGAGGUGCUGAGUCUUAGCAACAGUAGUAUGACAGCAGAAGGCUGUACUACUCUGACUUCAGAUUUGACAUCAAACCCCUCACACCUGAUAGAGCUGAAUAUCAGUAAGAAUAAGAUAGGAGAUUUGGGGGUGCAGCACAUCUCUACUCUACUGGAGAAUCAGCACUGUAAUCUGCAGAGACUGGAUCUUUCAGAGUGUGGUAUAACAGGAGAAGGAUAUGCUGCUCUGACCUCAGCUCUGAAAUCAAACCCCUCACACCUGGUAGAGCUGGACCUGAGAGGAAAUGACCCUGGAGGAUCAGGAGUGAAGCAGCUUUCUCAUUUAUAUAAUUUACUUGAGGCUCCAAAUGUUCAACUUUCAACUCUGAGGUUGUUGAACAGUGAUGCUGCAGAUAAAGCCUUUGAGUAUCUGACUGCACUUCUAGGUAGAAACCCCUUACUACUGACCGAGCUGGAUCUGAGUGAGAAGAAACCAGGAGACUCAGGAGUGAAGCAUAUUUGUGCUCUACUGCAGGAUUCACACUGCACAAUAAGGAAACUGAUACUUUCAGACUGUGGUAUAACAAGAGAGGGAUAUGCUGAUCUGGUCUCAGCUCUGAAAUCAAACCCCUCCCACCUGGUAGAGCUGGACCUGAGAGGGAAUGACCCUGGACAAUUAGGAGUGAUGCAGCUCACUGAUUUAUAUAUUUUACUGGACUGUCCAAAUUCUAAACUUAAGACUCUGAGGUUGUUGAAGAGUGGUGCUGCAGAGGAAGCCUUUGGGUAUCUGACUUCAGUUCUUGGAAUAAACCCCUUACUCCAGACAGUGCUGGAUCUGAGUGAGAAGACACCAGGAGACUCAGGAGUGAAGCAGUUCUCUGCUCUGCUGGGUGAUUCCCAAUUCAGACUUCAGAAGCUUAAGCUUAAUAACAGUAACAUAACAGAUGAGGGCUGUGCUGAUCUGACUUCAGCUCUGAGAUCAAACCCCUCACACCUGAUAGAGCUAAACCUGAGUGGGAAUAAACUAGGAGACUUAGGAGUGCAACACAUCUCUGCUCUACUGAGGAAUCCAGACUGUAAACUACAGAAACUGCUACUUUCAGACUGCAGCAUAACAGGAGAAGGCUAUGCUGAUCUGGCCUCAGCUCUAAAAUCAAACCCCUCACACCUGGUAGAGCUGGACCUGAGAGGAAAUGACCCUGGAGAUUUUGGAGUGAAGCUAAUCAUUGAUAUACAGACGGACUCAGCCUGUAAACUGAAGACAAUCAGAUUCUUGAAAACUGAUGAUGCAGAGACAAUUUGUAAUAAACUGAAUGGAGUUCUAGGUACAAACCCCUUACUUCUGACAGAGCUGGAUCUGAGUGGGAAGAUACCAGGAGACUCAAAAGUGCAGCAGUUCUGUGCCCUACUGAAGGAUUCACACUGCAAAUUGAAAAAACUGGCGCUUAAUAACAACAACAUAACAGAUGAGGGCUGUGCUCAUCUGACUCCAGCUCUCUUAUCAAACCUCUCACACCUGGUAGAACUGAGUCUCAGUGGGAAUAAAAUAAAAGACCCAGGAGUGAAUUUCAUCUCUGCUGUACUAAAGGAUUCAGACUGUAAACUACAGAAACUGGAGCUUAAUGACUGCAACAUAACACAUGAGGGCUGUGCUCAUCUGACUUCAGCUCUCUUAGCAAACUCCUCACACCUGAUAGAGUUGAAUAUGAGUCGGAAUAAAAUAAAAGACCAAGGAGUGUUGCACAUAUCUGCUCUACUACAGUAUAGACACUGUAAACUGCAGAAACUGCUCCUUAAUGACACCAACAUGACAAAUGAGGGCUGUGCUCAUCUGACUUCAGCUCUCACAUCAAACCCCUCACACCUGAUAGAGCUGAAUCUGAGUGGGAAUUCACUGGGAGACUCUGGAGUGAAGCACAUCUCUGCUCUGCUGGGGAAUCCAGAAUGUAAACUACAGAAACUGGAGCUUAAUAAAAACAGUAUAGCAAAAGACGGCUGUGCUGCUCUGAAGGAAGCUCUCUUAUUAAACCCCUCCCACCUGACAGAGCUGAGUCUGAGUGGGAAUAAACUAGGAGACACAUCAGCAAAGCACAUCUCUGCUCUACUAAAGGAUUCACGCUGUAAACUGGAGAAACUGCAGCUUGAUCACAACCUCAUAGCAGAAGAAGGCUGUGCUGCUCUUGCUUCAGCUCUGACAUUAAACAUCUCACGCCUAAGAGAGCUGCAUCUGAAAGGGAAUAAACUUGGAGACUCCAUUAAGAAGAUCGCUGGUCUACAGAGGGAUCCUAACUAUAAACUACAGACCCUGGUAUUGGACGAAGGUGGUUGGAUGAAAUGGCUUGGUUGGUGAUGCUUCCUCAACUCUGAGUGUGCCAGAUAGUGGUAGUGAGGGAGCCCAUCCACGGCAGGAAGAGCUAGGAGAUGGCCAUAAGGAGAUAAGGCAGUGCAGUAUAGACAUAAUAUUUUCAAGAUCGGCCAAUGUAAUACAAUUUGAAGAAUAUGCUAUAUGCUGCCUCACAGAAAGAGAAAAUUAAGUAUCAUGUAGUAUGAGCUCAUCAUCUGCUACUGUUUUUGUCUGAACGUUGGUAUUUGUUUAUGUUUUGUCGUUAAUAAGGACCAUAGGAUGUUGUAGACCCUACUUUACUCUAAGCUUGAAGUAGUUUAUAUUUACAAAACAAAAAAAGCAUGCACACAUACAUGAGGUUGACAUAGCAAGCAACACAGAUUACAAAGAUUUUGAUUUAUACACAUUGUGAACAAGAACUCGCUCUUGUGUGUGUGUGAUCAUCUGCAUUCUUUUAAUUGAUUUAUUUGUCUUUACUAUGUCUGUUAGUUCUGUUUUAUUUGUCGACAUAAAUGUUGACUGUUUUGUACAGAUAUUCUUAAGUGCACUUUCCAUAAUGAAAUAGCUUAGCUGAAGCAGACAAACAUCCAUAGAGUAAUCAAUUAUGGGAAAAUGAUGUUAUGGUAAGAUGUGCUACAAUUGUGUCCAUUUUAUUCUGUGUUGUUUAGUAUGAGUGUAGGUGUAACUUUAGAGAUUUAGGGAGAUUCCAAUGUGUUUUUCAAGAGUGUAUAACAAUGUAAACAUUCCUGGUGAGAUAUUUUAUUUGUAAUAUUAAAUAUGUGGACUGUAAAUACCACUGUCUCUGGUGCUGAAAUGUGAUUAAACUGAUGUUAUUUUGGU